UUACAAUGGAUCAUCCUGCAUUUGUUGAGGCUGGAGCAGCGGCUGGUAUUGAAAUAUGGACUAUAGAGAAAUUCGAGCCCGUCCCCGUAGACAAGAAAAUGUAUGGAAAAUUUUACAAUGGAGACUCAUACAUCGUGUUAAAGACCACAGGCGACGACCAAUCCACGCUCUCCUACGAUGCUCACUUCUGGCUCGGCUCCAAGACCACCCAGGACAAGAAGGGCUCCGCAGCCAUCUGGACCGUGACGCUGGACGACAUGCUGGGCGGACGCGCCGUCCAUCACCGCGAGGUCCAGGGCCACGAGACUGGACAGUUCCUCGGGUACUUCCAACCUGCAAUCCGAUACUUGGAGGGCGGGAACGAGUCUGGCUUCAAUGAGGUGGAAACGAACGCUGGUGCCGAGAAGAGGUUGCUUAGACUCUCUGGCUGCGACAAUAUGAGGAUUGAGGAGGUGCCAGCAGAAGCCUCUUCCCUAACCAAAGACCAGUGCUUCAUUCUGGAGAACGAGCAUGAUAUCUUCGUGCUGAUGCCGGAGGGAGCCAAGGCCACGCAGAGACGGAAGAUCAUCAGCGUGGCUAACAGUCUGCGGGAUGACUAUCACAAUGGACGGGCCACCAUCGAAAUCAUUGACGAGUUCUCCUCUGACGAAGAUGUGGCGCUGUUCUUCGAGACCGUCGGCUCCGGGUCCAAGGAGGACAUUGCUGAUGACUCUGCUGAGGAGACCUUCACCCGGGACGGCACGACGGUGUUCCUGUACAAGGUUCUGGCAGGAGACGAACUAGAGCUGGUGGCCGUCAACAGGCCUUACAAGCAGAAGCACCUUACUUCCGACGCGAUCUUCAUCCUGGACACGCCGUGUUCCGGCGUGUUCUUGUGGCUGGGCGGCGACGUGGACGCCGACACCAAGAAGAAUUACCACGACCUCGCUCAGAAGUAUUUGGAGAUCAAGGGAUACCCUACUUGGUUGCCAGUGACCAGGGUGACAGAGGGCGCCGAGAGCUCAACCUUCAGACAGUUCUUCAACAACUGGGAGACCGUCAGUACGGGAUACUCGUCCGUACGGAGCUAUGUCUCCGAAUUCGAUGCUGGCUACUAUUCCGGAGACGCCGAAGAAUCAGCCGCCACAGCCAAGCUGAUCGGCAAAAGCGCUACCGCGAGAGGCUACAUGCCCGAUCUAGGGGCUGGUAGUCUGGAAGCCGUAUUCAGGCUAUCAGGGGGUGAGCAAGAGGAUAUAACCGAGAAGAUGGCCGAAUCCCCAGCCCUGUACAGCUCAGAGUGUUACGUCGUCAAGUACCAGUGUAACGAGGAGAGUGAAGGAGCCUACGUCAUCUACUGGUGGAUUGGUAAAGAUGCAACUACUGAUGACAAAAAAGCGGCGCGCGAACUGGCCACAGACUUAGAGAUUGAGUUGGACGAAACAGUCACGGUAGUCAAAGUACCUCAUGGGAAGGAACCAAAACAUUUCUUAAGUAUUUUCCAUGGCAAUUUAAGCAUUUUCUACGGAGGUAAGGAUGUGGACUACGCUCCUGUCAACUCCAGUAACAAGACCUCUGAUGAAGACGCAUUCGUUCGGCUUUUCAGGGCGCAAGGAACGACAGAAGGGGUGGACACGAGAUUCGUACAAGUGGUCAAAAGUCCCGACACGUUUCAAGAUGAUGGAGUGUUUGUGUUGGACACGCCUGACGUGGUCUACUGUUGGUAUGGAAAGGACGCGUUGCCGUUAGAGCGUGAAUACGGGUCGAACUGCGCUCAGAAACUUGCUGACGGUAAAGAAUGCCAGGAGGUGGAGCAAGGUGAAGAGCCUGACCAGUUCUGGGAUGCUCUAGGGGGAAUAGCAGAAGAGAAGGAAGACGCUUCAGGCUGGACACUGGAAGUGAACAGGCGUGUAACGGCACCGCCCACUUUGACAACUGUCAGUGUUUCUGUCACCGGGAAAAUCAAGUUUGAAGAGUUGCCUCUGGACUAUAAGCAAGAGGAUCUCUCUGACGACGGAGUGUACGUUCUGGACACGGGUGAAGAGUUAUAUCUGUGGCAAGGCAAGAACAUCCCUGAGCGCGUCAAGUCUGCCCGGGGUCAAAUUAUAGAGGAAUACAUAGCGGAUGACGGGCUGGACCGCACAGUGGACUCCGCUAUCGUGGUGACCGUCAAGCAGGGCGCGGAGCCCAAGGUCUUCAAGAGUCUCUUCCCUAGCUGGGAGGACGACAUGUGGGACAACCAAACUUCAUACGAAGACCUGAAGAAUGAAGCCAUGGCAGCCAACUCUAAAUAAAAAGCA